GACUUUACAUGGAGUGUGAUUUGCUUCGAGAACGCAACGUCCAAAAUGCAUUCCUCCGGUCCACCAGCGCUCACUUUCGACGAGGUCGACGAUCUGCUGUAUUUCACUCGGGCGAACGAAGUACAAGACUUGCAGCAGACGAUCACAGAACUGAGUCAGAAGUACUCUUGCUCGGCAAAAGAUGUUCUAGAGGCAGCGAUUGAUCCCGAGAGCGGCAACACUGUGCUACAUUUCUGCUCAGCAAAUGGACUAGCUGAACUCCUUCCGAGCCUGCUCUCGCAAUUGGGUGCAGCAGAGGGUACGCCAGCCUCGUUCGUGAACCAUGGCAAUAAGGAAGGAAAUACCCCGCUUCACUGGGCUGCUUACAAUGGACAUUUGAAUAUUGUGAAGCUUUUGAUUGCGGCAGGCGCAGACAUGUGGCAGAAGAAUGCAGCUGGACAUCUGGCCAUGUUCGAGGCAGAGCGCGCGGACAAGAACGAUGUGGUUCAGUACCUGCUCGAGGCUGGUGGGAAAGAGGUCGAAAGAGCUGGAGAGGAAGGUCAGCCGUCCGAGGAAGAUGUCGAGGAUGUGCAAGAGGGUGAAGCAAGCAGCAGCGCUCAGGCCACUGCCGGAGAUGUGAACAUGGGAAAUGCAUCUUGAACGGGUCGUCUUGACACGGACAUGCUCUUUGCUCCAGCCCAUACUGCGAGCAGAUCUGCGACACUGAACAUCAUCAAACAUGAUACAAGGCAAGGCGACCUUGCGCCGUAAGAAGUUCCCACUCGGGAUACUCUCCUCGGUAUGGCCGCAGAUACACAAGCUGCGCAGUGCUUCUUAUGCCGACCCUUCAGCCGAACACCCCACUUCUCGAGUAUUCGAAGCGUCUACCAGCAACUACCAAGAUUCGGCCCUUUGUUUCCAGCAGAGCGUGUGCUGCUUCGAUGCAGUCUUGCAGGUAUCAGACUCGUAGAGGAAGACACAAGUUGCAGGGUGCAUUCCCUCAUUGAGAAGUCGACCUUGGGCAUACGCCUUGCUCAUAACCAUUCGAUGAACUCUGUCAAGACGAUACAAAGACUUUAAACUUCGACCCCAACUCCCGACACCAUCUAAUGGUGCCAAUUCUAUGUUGUGACUGGCUCUGAAACAGUCGCUGCACGCUUUUUCUUCCCCAAGAUUCCGCAAAAUGAUUCAAUACUGGUUGUCCUUUCUCUAUUCCACAUGCGCAUGGAUCGGCAAGACGUUGAACGAGUGACGCAUAAUCGUAGCUGCGGAACGACAAAUAUUGAAGGCUACCUGGAUCGCGAGUCCCUCCGGGUCAAUCUGUAGAUAGGACAUUCAUCGA